ACAGUAGGUACAAUUUAUCUUUUCUUGCUUCAUACGUUUCAUUUCCUGCAGUGAGCACAGUUGCUGCAGUUGUAUCUCCAGUCAUUAUCUAUCCUCACCCGCAGACCGUUUCAAGGCCGCCAUGUCCAUCAUGACAGACGCAGUUACCCCAAGAAAGAGGGCGAAAUCCGUCACCUUUGCGACCCCGCCGCCAUCUCGUGAGAACACCGCAUUUCGCUCUCGCACUGCCCUCGUCCUCGGCGCCCUCACACUCAGCGGUGCCUACCUCCACUUCUACCAGAGUGCGAAUAAUGGCCUCUUUGAGUCUCUCGGCGAAUUGGUGCAGGCCGAGACUUUCCCUGUCUCCAAUGGGGAAUUCAAGCGCGUCUUCACGGGCAUCAAGCCGCUCGACACCUACCUCGCCAACUUUACGCCCUUCUUCGGCAUUCUCACCCACAAAGGAGAUGACAGCUCCUAUCUAUUUUGGCUAUGGAUGAUUGGGCAGCUCGGCGUGCAGUGGAUCAUGUUCGUCAUGGAGAGUCUCAGGGAGGGAAAUAAAGGCAGUCUUGCCAGCUACAUUGGCCUCGUCGGCUUCAUCUUCCAAAAUUUCGGCCUCGCAACCGUCAUCCCCGCCUUCCUCCUCAUCACCACCCUCACCUCGACCAUCUCCCGCGCCUCCUCCCCCACUGGGCUCAUGAAUCUCAUCAAAGUCCACGGAAUCGACCUCAACAUCCUACCCUUCUCCUUCUUCCUUGCCUACUUCCUCCCAACAGUCUGCAUGAUGUUGCCUUACCCCGCCAUCAACUCCCACAGCAGCUGGCAAGGCUGGAUCGCCACCUGGCAAUUCUUUCCCCUCUACACCGUUGCCUUCCAGUGGCUCCUCGCCAGCUUCUUCAAAGCCGUCGACCAGGGCAAGGGCCUCAAGCUCAAGUCCGAUGAGGGCAAGAUGAUCGCAUACUUCUGGCACGCACGCCCCUUAUACAUCGGCGCCCUCUUCAUCUGCGCCGUCUUCCACGUCAACGUCCUUGUCGUCUGCCUCCUCCCCGAGUGGCCCAUGGAAAUUUUCCCCAUCGCUGGAACCUAUCGCAGUGUCUCCUUCGCCUCCGUCUUUCUCCCUCCCGUCCCAUUGCCGCCGUUCGAAACCGUGAGCGUGGUGCGCGGGAUCCACAUCUUCCUCAUCUGGGAUAUGCUCGUGUCUAGCGUCGCAGCGCUGGUCUGGGCGGCGCUACAGACGCGGAAUGUGAGCUCCAGGACCUUCAGCGCAAAGUGGGUGUUGAAGAUGAUAGGGUUCACGAUUAUUACCGGGCCGUCGGGGGCGUUCGUCAUGGCGAUGUGGGAGAGGGAUUCAGCGGUUGCGGAGCUGCUUAUUGAGCAGGCCAUGAAGGAUAAAUGAGUGGAGA